GUCCCACUGCCUCCACCUUCUUCCUCAGCCCCUCAGGCACUGCAUGUCAGCAAACCCUAGUGGCUUAGUCUCUGAGAAACGAUGAACCCUAAGACUUCUACCUCCACAAGGAAGGCAUCUCUUGUAUUCCGGAGAGGGGACUGGGGAAUGGCUGUGGGGAACCCGGGGACUGAUCUGCAGUGUGGAUCUCUGCACAGCCCCAGAAUGUUGACUGUUGCUCUUCUUGCUCUUCUUUGUGCAUCUGUCUCGGCCACUUCCAUUCAGAUUAGGUCCUCCUCCUACAACGGAGAGUAUGGUGGCGGCGGAGGACAGCGGUUCUCUCAUUCUGGCAACCAGAUGGACGGCCCCAUCACCGCCCUGCGUAUCCGAGUCAACAGAUACUACAUCGUAGGUCUCCAGGUGCGCUAUGGCAAGGUGUGGAGCGACUAUGUGGGUGGCUCCCAGGGAGACCUGGAGGAGAUCUUCCUGCAUCCUGGGGAGUCGGUGAUCCAGGUGUCCGGCAAGUACAAAUACUACCUGAGGAAGCUGGUCUUCAUCACUGACAAGGGCCGCUACCUGCCUUUUGGGAAAGACACAGGCACGAGUUUCAAUGCCGUCCCCUUGUACCCCAACACCGUGCUACGAUUCAUCAGUGGCCGGUCCGGCUCCCUGAUCAAUGCCAUUGGCCUGCACUGGGAUGUCUACCCCAGUGAGUGCAGCAGCUGCUAAGCCCCAGUCUCCUGCAGUGGGGUCACGAAAACCCCUCACCACUCACCCCGUCCACCUGGCUCAAUAAAACAAUAAA